GCCUCGGGGGCCCUGGGCGAGCCCGGCUCUGGGGCCCGCGAGGGGAGGGGCCCGGGCCCUUCCCAGCUGCCUCUCUCGAGUCACGCACUGGUUUUUAAACAACACGGGGACCCGUAAGAGGCUCAGCGCUGGAGUGCAGUGUCCUCUAGCCAGAAACGGGGCAGCAUUAGGGACUUGGCGUCGAGAAUGAAGGGAAGCAGCGACACAGCCACAGCCCCGCGCUGAGACACCGCGCAGAGGGCGGGACGCACACGCAGCCCCUCGCCGCGGGCAGGAGCAACCCGGCGUUACCUGGCCCCCCGGCGCGGAGAAGUCCACCACGCCGCGCAGGUCGGACACGUCACGCUGCCGGUAGAAGCGAAAGAGCCGGCGAAACGCGUCCUCCCCGCCCUCCCGGGUCAAUGCUGCCGCCGCCGCCAUUUUGGGCCGGCCGAGGCGGGCGAUGCUGCCGGGGCGGGGCGGGGCAGGCCGGGCUCUCCUUCCCGCCCACCGCAGUCCCGACAUGGCGGCGGCCGGCGCGGCGCGGGCGUUUGGGCGCCGUUCCCGGCAGCUCUUCGACAUCUUUGUGGCUGAGGUUCCCUGGACAGUGUCGAGCAGACAGAGAUACAGGCUUUCACAGACGUUAUUGCUGGAUUAAAUUCUCAACUCCAGAAGAUGUUCAGAACGUGUUAAAGAAGGAUUCCCACAUACUUGAAGGUUCCAAGCUCACUCUCAAACAGCAGACCCGCAGAAGACGCAGUCAAAGAAGGAAUCCAAGGGAGUGAGUGGUGGAAGGAGGCUUUAUUUCACUAAAUGUAAAGAAACUAAAAUAAAGAUUACUGAGAAACUA